GCGCGGCAGCUCUCAAAGGCCAUGAGCACGGACGUGCCCGCGGCAAUCCGUGUGGAAAUUAACCAGUGAGUCGGGUGCAGCACUCGAGAGAGACGCCGCGUCGAUGGCGUGGGUAUCGACGCGAUCAUCUGCACAGGCCGCGAUCAACCGCAUGUCGCCCAACUACGAACGCCACGGGGUCGGUUUAACGCUCGAAAGCUACCAAACCUACAGCACCUACUACGACUCCGGCGUCGGCACGGGCGUGGGCACGGACACGGCCAUCGGCCACCGCCGCGGCGGCUACCACACGCGCACGCGCACGCACUACUCACUUGUCGUCAGGGACGGCGAGCCAGUCGCCACGGGCCAGGUGCUCGGCGUGGCGCCGCCCGUGAACGCCGUCGUCGUCGGCGCAUCAGCGCCGCCGGCACCCUCCGGAUUCUGCACGCAGUGCGGCGCACCGAUGAAGUCGGACGCACGCUUCUGCGGAAGCUGUGGGGCGGCCAGGUAG